AUGGCUCAUAACGUGGAGGAAUUUUUGACUGUGGCGGUGGAUGCGGCGAAAAAAGCAGGAGAGGUAAUUCGUAAAGGGUUCUACGAAACCAAGCAGGUGGAGCACAAAGGCCAGGUGGACUUGGUCACAGAAACUGACAAAGCGUGUGAAGACCUCAUAUUCAGUCACCUAAAGGAGCAUUUCCCUGGUCAUAAGUUCAUUGGGGAAGAAACUACUGCUGCGAAUGGUGUCACUGAGCUGACUGAUGAGCCGACAUGGAUUGUUGAUCCACUAGAUGGCACUACCAACUUUGUGCACGGGUUCCCCUUUGUAUGUGUUUCAAUUGGUCUUACAAUUGGAAAGGUUCCAACUGUUGGUGUUGUCUACAAUCCUAUCAUGGAUGAGCUUUUCACUGGAAUUGAUGGGAAAGGUUCUUUUCUGAAUGGGAAGCCAAUCAGAGUUUCUUCUCAGUCUGAACUUGUGAAGGCUCUCCUUGCCACAGAGGUUGGAACAAAGCGUGAUCAGCUCACUGUGGAUGCCACAACAAAUAGAAUCAAUAGUUUGCUUUUCAAGGUUAGGUCUCUUCGGAUGAGUGGCUCCUGUGCUUUGAAUCUCUGUGGUAUUGCUUGUGGAAGACUUGAUCUCUUCUAUGAACUUGGAUUUGGCGGUCCGUGGGAUGUGGCCGGUGGUGCUGUGAUUGUUAAAGAGGCAGGGGGAGCUCUGUUUGAUCCGUCCGGUGGCAAAUUCGAUAUCACCUCACAGAGGGUAGCAGCUUCAAACCCUCUCCUCAAGGAUGCCUUCAUUGAGGCAUUGCAGCAAGCAAAAUGA